AACCAUCAACACUUCUGGAUUCUUCGACCAUUUUUUAUUCUAACUGUGUUUUGGAAGGUUAAAAUUCACGUUUUGGAUUAAAUACACGCUGAACGGAAAGUCUGUUCUGGGAUUUCAAACGAUCGUUUGAAUCGAGUCAGCCGUUUGGAAUAAAGAACCGUUAAGAAUCGGCGCCAAAGAUUUUGCGGCUGAUUUGAAUGCGAUUUCAUGGUCUAUAUUAAUUAAUAUAUCGUUUUACAUAUAUUCAUUUAUCCAAGUGAGCAUAUUGUUUCGAGACUCUGGACCCAGAGGAGGUGAUUUAGACAUAUUCCAUCUGAAGAUCGCGUACAUUUCUGUGCUGCUCUGAACUUGAGGCGUUUGGAUGCUCCAGGACGGAGGUGACAUCACUCCAGUUACCCAGAAGCCCUUUUGAGAUGACUGACACUGGAACAAGCUUCAUAUCUGGUGUAGGAAGCUGAUGAAUCAUGGAGAGGCUGGUGUUGUAUGUGCUGGUGUUCGGCGCGCUGGUGAAGGCUCAGCAUUGUCCGGGUCGCUGCAUCUGUCAGACCAUCUCACCCACGCUCACACUCCUCUGUGCCAAAACCGGACUGCUGUUCGUGCCGCCAACCAUCGACCGCAAGACAGUCGAGCUCCGUCUGACCGACAACUUCAUCACCGCUGUCCGCCGCAAAGACUUCUUGAACAUGACGAGUCUAGUGCACCUCACUCUGUCCCGCAACACCAUCAGUCAGAUCGCGCCGCACGCUUUUGUGGGUCUGAAGUCUUUGAGAGCGCUGCAUAUGGACGGUAACCGGCUAACGGUCAUCAACAGUGACCAGCUGAAGGGCUUGAUCAACCUCAGGCACCUGAUUCUGGGUAAUAAUCAGAUUCACCACAUUGAACCGUCCUCCUUCGACGAGUUUGUCUCCACCAUCGAGGACCUGGAUUUGUCCUACAACAACCUGAGGACGUUACCUUGGGAAGCCAUCGCCAGGAUGACCACCAUCAACACCUUAACGCUGGACCACAAUCUGAUCGACCACAUCGACCCCGGGACCUUCACGCUCCUCACCAAACUGGUGCGGCUGGACAUGACGUCCAACCGUCUCCAGACGCUUCCGCCGGACGCACUGUUCCAGCAGGCGCAGGUACUGUCCGACCCCAAAAUGUCCAGCUCCUCCAAACUGACGGUGAGUUUCGGAGGAAACCCGCUGCACUGUAACUGUGAGCUGCUCUGGCUGCGGCGCUUGACGAGGGAAGACGACCUGGAGACCUGCGCUUCUCCUGAACACCUGAUGGACAAGUACUUCUGGUCCAUUCAAGAGGAGGAGUUCAUCUGUGAGCCGCCGCUCAUCACCAAACACCAGGUCACCAAACCCUACGUGAUGGAGGGACAGGGCGUGACUCUGAAGUGUAAGGCGAUGGGUGACCCCGAUCCCACCAUUCACUGGCGCUUUCCCGAUGGCAAACUGGUGCACAACAACUCUCGUACGAUCCUGUACGACAACGGCACGCUGGACAUCCUGAUCACCACGAUGAAGGACAGCGGCGGCUUCAACUGUGUGGCCUCCAACGCGGCCGGUAUCGCCACCGCAGCCGUGGAGGUCAACAUGAUCCCACUGCCGCUUUUUGUCAACAACUCGGGUCACAUGAGGGAGGCCGACCCGGGGCUCUCGGACAUCACCACCUCCACCAAAUCCGGCAGCAACGACACCAAACCACAAAACAAGAGGGUCGUCGUCGAAAACCUGACCGCAAACUCAGCGGUCAUCCACUGGCCAUCCGAGCGCCACAUUCCCGGGAUCAGAAUGUAUCAGAUCCAGUACAACAGCACCGUCGACGAAACCCUGGUGUACAGGAUGAUUCCUUCGGCCAGAAAGACGUUUAAGAUCAACGAUCUGGCGGCGGGGCGCGAGUACGAGCUGUGUGUGUUGGCGGUGUAUGACGACGGCAUCACGUCUCUGACGGCCACACGCGUGGUGGGCUGUGUUCAGUUCCACACGGGCGCGGAGGCGGGUCAGUGCCGCUUCAUCCCCACACAGUUCCUCGGCGGCACCAUGAUCAUCAUCAUCGGCGGCUUCAUCGUGGCCUCCGUCCUCGUCUUCAUCAUCAUCCUCAUGAUCCGCUACAAGGCUUACAGCGGAGCUGACACGGCCAAAGCCAAAGUGCGAGGAGACGCCGGCGUACAGGUGCACUCGCAGACCAACGGGAGUCGCCUGGGACGGUCCGCUUCCAAACAGGAUGAGCUUCCCGAGUCGCCCGGUGCAAAGGACUGCAAGGCGCUGGUGCAGCUGAAGAUGGAGGAGAUGCAGGAGGAGCUGAAAGUCGAGCUGCCGCCUGUUUGCUCUGAGAAAGCAGCGCCAGCGCCACCAUCUGACGAGACGCAGACAGACAGCAGCCUGACAGGCUCCACCAUGUCUCUGUGCCUGAUCGGCUCCGGGACCAACCCGGACGAGCCCCCUCGGAAGGGGCCAUUGGCUAACAUAGGGCUCCUGCCCAGCGAACUGGCUCGGACUCGGCAUCGCUUCUCCUUCGACGGAGACUAUGCUCUAUUCCAGAGCCACAGUUACCCUCGGCGGGCUCGAACCCGCCUGCACAAAUCCACCACCCAGCUCAACACAGACGUGUCUCCACCCUGCAACCGGAGGGUGACGUUCAGCAGCACAGAGUGGAUGUUGGAGAGCACCGUGUGACGGACUGAAGCACACACACACACACACACACACACACACAUGUUUAGACUGUCUAUAUAGUGACAUUGUUGCAGUAACACACACAUCAACACGCAUCAAACAUGACACAACAGCUCUGCUGCCAAACCUAGUGAGCUGCCUACUUAGACGGCGUCUAGAGAUCUAUUAAAAAAACAUUCAAAUAAAUUACUUAUUUCGAACGUUCUAAGAAAGAAUCCUGAAAAAUAAAACAUGUCACAGUUUCCACAAAAAUAUAAACAGUUUUCAACACUGAU